AUGGGAUCCAGCAGCGAUGAAGACAAGGAGGAGGAAGGGGAGAAGGAGCAUCACAUGAAGCUGAAGCGAGGCCCAUCAGGAAGAGGCGCUGGAACAAGGGAAAGGACCCUUCAUUCUGGAGGAGCCUGUGGGGGCGGCCUUGCUGAACUAAAGCAGUCCAUCUGGAGCCAUUGCCACGAGCUGAUGAGACAGUGGAGGUUCCCAGAGCACGCAGAUGAUGCACCCCACAAGGCAUCUGCACAGGAAGCUGGGGGUUCAGGGAAAGCGACAGGUCAGGAAACACCCAGGAAGCUUCAGCUGCUUGGUCGAACCGAAAUGGUUCACUUUCUGUACGUGAGGGGCGGGUGGGAUCUGAAGGAGUGCGCGUGCUGCUUUGACCGCGCGGUCAGCCUGGGAGCAGAGCGUGCUGUCACCAUGCCCAGCCUUGACUUCGUGCGAUCCCUCCUCACCAAACAACCGCCUGACGCCACCCCCCUUGUGCCAUGCCGGGACAGUAUCCUGGAAUGUGCGUUGAGAGUGCAGGCGUUUGGAGAGCAAGGGGAGUUGGAGCCGCGUGCGCAGUUCUCCUGCAACGCUGAUUUGCAGGAAGGGUUUGGAUUCUUUGUGCAGCAUGUGCUGUCAGGCAGGCUGGAGAAGGGGCAUGCAGAGGGGAGGGGGAAGGGGGAGCGUCGGGAGAAGACUGGUGAGAAGGCGGAGGGGAAGAGGGGUGGGGGAGGUGAGAAGACGGGUCCGAUGAGUGCGGGGCUGAUGGGACAGAUGGGGCGGAUGUGGCAGCCGGGGCAAAUGGGGAAGGUGGGGGAAGCCAUGGCUGCUCUGAUGGCGAUGCUCGGGGGUGAUGAUGCGGGCAGCAUGGGGAUGGGUGUGCCUCCUGGGAUUGGUGGUGGUGGGCGCAGUGGAAAGGGCGGGGUGGGUGGUGGUGAUCUGCAGGGUGAGACGUGGAGGGAGAAUCUGAAGGGGCGUGAGUGGGAGAGGUAUGUGGAUGGCAUGGCAUGGAUUCUGGAGCAUGGAGGGGGGGAAGGGAGGGAGUUUAGGUGCAGCCACUGCAGUGAGGGGGGCAUCAGCAGCAGCAGCGACGGCGGCGGCGGCGGCGGUGGUGGCAGAAACAGCAUGAAUGUGGCGGGCAGGGAUAUUCCCAAGGGCAUGUAUGUGAGUGGCGUGGGCGCCACUGACUUUGCUGUUGCAGUGGCGUCGUUGUUCUCCAUGCCAGAGCAUCGCAAGCUGGGAGGCAUGUUCUUUGCCGCGUCUCAGCGCGCAUCCAGCAGCACUGGGCAGGAUGCAGCCAUCGAGGUUGCCAGGGCGAGGCUGGGACAGCGGAUGCUGACAAGUGGGAAGCUAGGGAAAGAGGGGAACGAGGAGAACGAGGGAGGGGCAACUGGAGGAAGAGUGGAGGCAACAGCAUCAGGUGCACCGGCGGAAGGGCGACCAGCUCCCAGUGUUGGUAUGAGUGGAAGUAGCAGCAUGAGCAGCAGUAGUGGGAUGCUCAGUCGUGGCCUCAUGCCUGUCAACACAGACCCCACCAUUGGGCUGCUCACGUAUCGGGAUGCGGAGCUGAUGGUGGAGUUUGCUGGCUUGUUCCAGGAGGCACCAGCAUGCGCCGAUUGCAGCACGUGCAUCACCCUGCACAUCUCCCACGUCCCUUUCGUCGCUGUCAUUGCCAAUUUCGCCUAUCGCCCCGUCGCUCUCCUCCUCGACCGCUUCCUCUCUGUCUACAAGCCGCACUCUGAGGUGUUUCAGAGACUUCUCGCCCGCCUGGGGCUGGAAUCCUCCUCAACCGUUCCUCACGACAGCCUCUCUGGCAAACGCAGCACCACCACCACCACUACCAACAGCAGCAGCAGCAGCAGCAGCAGCGUGCAUGCAUUGCGGGAGCGGGUGGAGCAGGUGCCGGUUGCCUUUCUGCUCAGCCUGGCGCUGUUCUGCGCCGCCCCUCUCCUGCAACAGAGCGGGACAGAAGGCGGGCAGAUUUCGAGGGCUGAAGGGGGGACCUCUGGGGCUAAAGAGAAGGCGGGCGGGAGGAGGGCUGGGAGUGGGGAUCGUGGGGAAGGAGAGAAGGGCAGCGAGGGGGGAGAUGUUGGAGGAGAUAGUGGGGUGGUGUGGGAGGAGGUGCAGUCGUGGUUCAUGGUGGCAAUGCUGCCCGCCUCUGGCACGGGGGGAGGCGGGGUGGCCUGUGGUGGCAAGCAGGCAAGGGAGGAGGAUGCAUGGCCAGGGGGAGUCAAUCUGGUGGCAUGUCUGCGAGAGAUGCUGCUGGGGGAGCCGUGCUACCGCCCUGCCUCCCCUGCUGCCCCUUCCAGCAGGCGUCGUGGGUGCAGUGAUGUGGGGUGUGGAAAGGUGGAGGGUGGUGGUGUGAAGUUGAAGAACUGCUCUGGGUGUGGCAAGGUGGCGUAUUGCAGCAGAGAGUGCCAAAAUGCGCACUGGCCCUCCCACAAGCUCACCUGCCCCGGCAGGAGCAGCGGGAAGACGAGUGGGAAGGAUGAGAGCAAGGAUGGCAGCGGCAGUAGGGGCAAGGCGGUUGGCAAGGUGAGUGGGCAAGGUGGGGAGGCAAGGUGGGGAGGCAACGUGCUACUGUGA